GGUGAGAUGUUAAGUCUAUUAGUUGAACAGUAGAUGCUGCAGCUGUCAAUUUUGGUUUAGUGUCCAUGGAUGUAUGUAAGAUAUAUUGUGUAAUAAAAUAAAUGCAUAUAAGAGAAUUUCCAUAUUGAUUUCGAGCAAUGCAGUGCCAGAAUUUAUGAGAUGAUGCUAGCACUGAAUCAUGCUGGAAGAGUGAUAGGAGGGGAAGAAUCAACUUGUACUGCCAUCAGGACCAAAGGGGCCAUGCUCACUUUAGAUACAAUCAACAUUUUAGAUUCAGCGUCUGCUUGAUUAACAAAGAGGUGACGUUUAAUAGAAUAGGUGGGCUUUAUAUUGAGGAACUUGGUGGGAUUCAAGUUUUCUAAGAGUAUCUAAGCACUGUGAGUGAAAAUCAUUUUCCAUUGGCUGGGUGAUCAAGCUAUUAGAAUAAACAGACUACUAGAAGAUGGGAAAUAAAUCAUCCAGCAAGAAGCUACCCAAGGAGGACUUGGAGUUUUUGUGCUCGAACACAAAGUUCACAAAGGCUGAAAUUAAAGACUGGUACAGAGGCUUCAUGAGAGACUGCCCAGAUGGAUUGCUGUCAAAAGCCAAAUUCCUGGAAGUGUAUUCCACAUUCUUUCCAACAGGAAAUCCGGACAAGUUUUGUAACCACGUUUUCCGUUCCUUUGAUGGGGACAACAGUGGUAAAAUUGACUUUAAGGAGUUUUUGCUUGCCAUCAACAUAACAUCUGGUGGGGAUCCCAAGAGCAAACUGAACUGGGCAUUUACCAUGUAUGAUAUUGAUGGGAAUGGCACCAUAGAAAAGGACGAAAUGGUGGAAAUUAUUGGAGCAAUCUACAAUAUGCUGGGAAGUGCACUGUGCGGGCAGGGCGAGGACACGCCCGAAAAAAGGACUGAAAAAAUCUUUGAGAAAAUGGAUUCCAAUGGUGAUGGACAUUUAACGAAACAGGAGUUCAUCGAGGGCUGUAUGAAGGACCAAGUCCUGUAUCAAAUGCUUACGGCGGAUGCGGCUACCAACCAAUAAUGGUACCCAACAGACUAUUCCAUUUCAUUUACUCGUCAAGAUUCACCAAGAAAUAAAAAAAAAUAAUCGUCUGCUGUACUGUAAGAGUGGCGUUGUGGCAUCGUGAUCCGUUAGAACAAAGAAUCUGUUUUCAUUUGAUUGAUAUCGCUAAUAUUCUGAACACGCAAAAAGACUGGGGCAAUUUAUCUUGAGAAAAUUGCCUACAUUAAAUUUGAGUCUUUUUACUGUGUCAAUGUUCUUUGUAGUUGACAUUUGUGGGCAUUAAAAUAAGAGUAAAAAAAAGGGCUGGGAAAACAUAUCUGUAAAUCUGAAAUAUCUUAGAUUCCAAAAGUUUUAUUCAGAGACGACUGAAUGUAUAUUGGUGAUCAUCUUAAUGUACUUUGUCUAUAUUUUUCUCCAUUCCCAAUCAUACUAAUGUUCAAUAGAAAUGAGGUUGUAUAAGUUAUCUUUCUUUAUACAGAAGUAGAAUGUAUGUUAUGUAUAUCUGAAUUUGUAUCAACAAUAACUUUUCCUUUACAUAUUAUGAACCCGUAUCAGGAAUCUAAAUUGGGAUUUGUCUACGCACUUUGGAAAACACAGAAGGCGUUUUGUUUGUAAUACUGAUAACUUAUGUCAAGUCUUGGGUUCAAUGUUUUGGGGUCCUUUUUUGCCUAAAAACAUCUGCAUGUAUAUAAUUCAUAUUUAUACCCAGCAUAAUCAGGAUUUUUUAUUUUUUCAUAUACUCAUGUUACCUAGCUUGUUGACAAACAAGACAAUUACUUAUGUACAUUGUUUUUACAGGGAAAAAAUCCAUUUCUUUAUGUCCCAACUUGUGCACCUUGACAUGUGAAGAAUUAAACAUUUCACACAACAGUGUGUGUGCAAGAGACAUUCACUUCAUUUUAUUCAGUUGUUAAUAUUUUGAUUUGCAUGUGCUUGUCGCAUAAUAUCUUUGAGAUUCAAGUAUUCUACAAAUAAAUGAAGCUCUUUUGCUUAAUCAUUAAUGAGGAACUGGCCAUUGUUAGAAAGUUCAGUGUAAGUCGCCUGUCUAGCACAGUGUUAGCUAUACCUUUAUUAGUAUCACUCCAUCAAUUUCCAACGAAGAAAAGGGGUCAUAGGGCAUAAUUUUUUGCAUUUGCAAAAUAUAGACACAUGCAUCAAUAGAUUAUCAAGAACUUGUGUACUUUUAAGCAACAAAAGUUGUACCCUGGUAGUAUUUUUAAAGGCAAAAAAUACUAAGGCAUCUGAUUAGUAAAGCUGAAUCUCUUUAGAUGACUUUGCAUGAUGUUAAAUUCUAAUAAAUGGCUCUAUAAUGAUUUAGAAACGAUUUUUGGAUAGUUGAAUAUGCUUGAUGAGUGUGACAAUUAUGGCAAUGUAAUGUAAUAGUGCAACACAAGAAAUGAUAUUGGCAUAUUAAGUAAUAAGUGCGAUGUUUGUUUAAACUAUCAGUAGUUUUUGGUCCUAGAAUAUUAUGGAAACCUUGCUGUUUUAAUGGUUUUAUUGUUUUAUUUAGAAUUUUCACUACAAUAUAUGUCCGUGUUCAUUUUAUUACUGCAUCUGUGUUCAAUAUUUUCUGGAAUUCAAAUCAUGUUCUCCUCUCUUGUAUAUGUGUAUCAUGUAUAUGUCCUAAUAUAUUUGUUAUUUUUUAUUUUAAUUCUAUGCCUAUAUUUUACACUCAACUUUAUUGCUGGACAAUAUGCUGAUAUAAUAUAUGUAAUGUGUGCAAAACAUUAUCAUGAAGUAAAUACACGUGUACCUGUGAAUAAAAGAAAGAAGUUGAAA